CCUGAGUCCUGACCGAGAAGAGCCGUGACUAACACACGGCUAACAAACCAGCCGCAAGGCAGGUCCAUAUGGAGAUCUGUAUCGCGCACGGAGAGUCAUGUACUGAUCUCCAUUAUCCCUGUGACUGUGGAGGCGCAAUGGUACAGCCAGCAAAGGUCAUAAUUAUUUAGCAAUCACUACCUGACAGACAAGCCAAUUAUUGUUUUUAUAGGCGUCUGGCCUGAAUGCCAUUCAAACUCACAAGUUUGAGAUGUUGCUCUGUUAUGCUACCAUGUUUUACCCUAGCACGAUGUUGAUGCGACAAUGUUCACUGUAAUACAGACAGUAUUGCAUCAAUUUCUCAAUGUCUGUCUUUUCUAAAGGUGUAACCAGCAGUAUGGAAUACGAUGAUAGACUCGCUCGCUUUCGCCAGGGCCACGUUAACCCUUUUGAUAGGGGGGAAAAUGAUGUCACCCCGGACAAGAAGGACCCUCCAAAACAAGACGUGAGAGCGGAACUUUACGCUGAGACCAAAAACCAAAAUACAGACCGGACCAUGGACCUUGGGCUGGCUGAGGAUCAUUUCUCCUGCCCUGUGGAUUCUUUUGCAGCAUCAGACAUAGAGCAGCUGAAGCAGUCUAUAGAGGAGUGUAAGAAACUGAUUCUAGAGCUGCCAGAACAUUCAGAGAAGCAGAAAGACACUGUGGUUAAACUAAUCCACCUGCGCCUCAAACUUCAGGAACUAAAGGACCCAGAAGAGGAUGAACCCAACUUGCGAAUCGUGCUGGAGCAUCGCUUCUCUAAGGAGAAAAGCAAAAGUGUUAAACAAACCUGCGACAAAUGCAGUGCCAUCAUCUGGGGACUAAUUCAGACCUGGUACACGUGCACAGGUUGUUACUACCGUUGCCAUAGUAAAUGCAUGAAUCUCAUCACAAAGCCAUGUGUGAGGUCUAAAGUGAGCCACCAAUCAGAGUACGAACUGAAUAUCUGCCCAGAGAUUGGCCUGGACAAGCAGGACUACAGAUGUGCAGAGUGCCGUGCCCAGAUCUCACUCAGAGGUGUCCCCAGUGAAGCAAGACAGUGUGACUACACUGGGCAGUACUACUGCAGUAGCUGCCACUGGAAUGACACGGGCAUCAUCCCUGCACGUGUUAUCCACAACUGGGAGUUUGAACCCAAAAAGGUGUGUCGCUCAUCCAUGCGCUAUCUGGCUCUGAUGAUCGCGAGGCCAGUGCUGAAGCUAAAGGAGAUAAACCCACUACUCUUUAACUUUGUGGAGGAGCUGGUGGAAAUCAGGAAACUACGUCAGGAUAUCUUGUUAAUGAAGCCCUACUUUAUUACCUGUAAAGAGGCGAUGGAAGCCAGACUGCUCCUGCAGCUUCAGGAUCGACAGCACUUUGUGGAGAAUGAUGAAAUGUACAGUCUACAGGACCUAAUUGAUAUCUCCAGUGGGCAUCUCAGCUGCUCUCUCACUGAGAUUCACACCACCUUCGCCAAGCACAUCAAACUGGACUGUGAGAAAUGCCAAGCAAAAGGUUUUGUGUGUGAACUCUGUAAGGAGGGGGACAUCCUGUUCCCGUUUGACAGCCACACCUCAGUAUGCCAGGACUGCUCGGCUGUCUUCCACAGGGAUUGUUAUUACGACCAUUCCACGACUUGUCCACGGUGUACCAGAAUGACAGAACGGAAGCAGGACGAACCUGACGACCUGUAGAGAUGCAAGAUGCAAGCGGUGUAGCUUUUCACUGUGACAGCACUAAGGCUAGUGCUAACUUAACAUUAUGAGCAUGCUUCCCCCACAGAACUCACAUGUACCUGAUUUCCUAAUGCGUCAUUACUCUGUAUCGGCUUUCUCCUCCUCCCUCGUGCUUUUCAUUCACGCUUUCAUCAUUGUUACACUACAUCAUAGGUGAUGAACAUGGACAAAGCACUUAAUGCCAUCGGUGCUCAGUUUUGACUUUUCAUCUAGCAGUUCAGCUUGUAAAUGCCACUCUACAUCUGAUAGAUUCAACUAAUGAACAUGUAAGACUGUAUCACUGUAGCCUGCGGUUACAUGAAUUGUCUUGGCAUCCGUCAAAAAAUGCAUUAAUGUGCGUUGCUGGUGUGUUUUUUGCUGAAAACCACACAGCGAUCACAUAGAAGGUAUUUAAUCGUAUAGAAAAUAAUAAUGACAUCACUGCAGGAUGUUCAAACUUGCAGGUUCUAAUCUCAGCAGAGCCACCAACUGGCUGUUUUUGAGGGAGGGAAAGUCGGCGGCAUCUCUUCCAGCUCCUGCUGCAAUAUGUGAUAUCCAGGAUGGUCCGGGCUUCUGCACGAGUCACAUGGAGCUUAUGUGAUACAGCUCUGUGUGGAAACCCAACAGUGAUAGGUGAUAAAAAGCAGACACAGAUUGGACACUGUAGGAGGGAGCGUAUGGUGAACAGAUUGGGCGUUGGACAGUGGAUUCACAGCCUGAAUGGGAAAUGACUAGAUUGGGAGACAAAAGGAUACAAUUUAGAAAAAGACACUAAUGGUGGUGUCCUAAUUUGUUAUCUAUUUAAUGCAGACUGAUGUAGGUGUAAGGGACACAGCCGUUAAUGCCUUUAAGCUGUCAGCUUUUUUGUAUACUGGACAUGAGAACUAAAAUAGCACACUGUUUAAACAUUCAUAAUUAUAUCCAAAAAUAAUAUUGGUUUAACUCUAAUCUUUUAUACUAUUUUAUACAGCCAACUCAUCGUUUCCAAUAAAAUCAGUGGCAUUAGUGCAUUUUUGAAGGAUGCCAAAAAUGUUCAUGUAAAUGCAGCCUGUUGUGGAGGUUGAACGUUUUCUGUGAUACUGCCCAUUCUACCAUAGCCUUAAUAAUGAUAUUAAUUUCUGUUUACCAUUCACCUAUAAUAAGACUAUGGGUGCUCAGUUGGCAUGGCGACAAAAUAUACUAGCCCACUACUGCAAAGAUCCUGUCAGGCAUCUGCACAGACAUGAUUGGCUUUGUCUGAGGGGGAAAGGUGGCUGAACAGCCUAGCCAUCAGUGUUGGUCCCAAGCCUGGAUAAAAACAAGCAGGGUUGCAUCAGGAAGCGCAUCCGCUCUGGUGACUUCUAAAUAUGUGAGCAGGCAAAAUGAAAACUUUUGGAGGCCUUUAAUAAGACUAUAAAAUGUAUUUCUAUUUGUCAAUAGGAAGACUGCAUGUCUGAUCCGCAACAUAAAAUGAUUUUUUAAUUGGCAGACAUGAUCAAAUCAAAUUUAAUCUUAAAAUAUUGUCAGAGCUGUAAUUUAAAAAGGUGUCUGAAUAUUUGCCCAAUUCAUUCAGAAAUUAAUCCAAUAAUUAUGAUGCCAAGGAAUUAAGAAUGUUCAAAAUCUAGAUCUGUAUCUAGAGACUCUGUCUAGAUCUUUCUCACUAGAUCUUCUUCAGUAUUUUUUAUGUUUUAAGCUGGAGAUUCUUCAGAAUGUAAUUCUGUAUAAACUAUAUUAUUUGUUUUAAAAUAAUAUGAACUGUGCUGUGUUACAUUUCAGCAUGUUAAUUGUUUUGUGAUAUAAUGUCUUAUCCGAAAAGUUUGGACACCUCAGCCAAAUUCCCAUUAUUUUUUUUCUUACUCUAGCCCACCAUCGCUGAGAUCUGGGUUUGAACCUCAGCGGUGCUAUCCGCUGGCCGGGUGUCUACUCAGACAUGAUUGGCUAAGUCUGAAGGAUAGGAGAUCUGCGAUGGAUUAGCACCCUGUCAUGGGUGUUUCUGCCUUGCACCGUGUUUCCCUGUGGAACCGGACAUGGCGUAACCAUAAACUGGUUAAAGUGAUUGUUAAAAUGAAUUUAACUAGGGCUCAUAUGGGUCCUGGGAAAUCCGGAAAGUCAUGAAAAGCAACGGUAAUAUUAAUUAAAAAUGCAAAAUCUAUGUCAUUUAAAAAACUAAGUAUAACAAACACUCAUCAGUUUGCUCGCAAUCGAGGUAACACUUCCUUUAAGUUCUAAUUGUAACACUUUCAGUGGGGAAAAAAUUUAAAUUACUAAAUGCCCUAACUUUUGCACAUGCCUUAUUGUUUUCUUUCUCCAGUGUUACAUUUUGUGACUAAACAGUAAUUGUGCAUUUAUAUGUUUGUAUAGAAGUUUAUUCCCUGUAGAGAAUACACACUCAUUUUCACAAAAAUAAAAAACCAUGGGAUUUGACUAGGGGUGUUCAAGCUUUUAAGAUUGUAACUAUGUUUUAAAACUAUAUUUACAUCUGUGCAAUGUAACAAUUAUAAGGACCAAUGUAAGUAAUUAAAAUAAUAAUGACAACAA